AUGGACGGGACCACCGCUCGGGAGAGCGGCGACGUAGACAGGGCAGAGGCGGGACCGCUCAGGGAACUUGCUUCGGAGGCGCAGGGCUGCUCGGGGUACCGUCGUCAAAGGCGGAUAAAGAUCAGGGCAAUCGCCGGCAAAGACAGGUGGUCAGCAGAGGCAGCCGACGGCUCGGGAACAGACUGGUCGUCGGCAGGGAGAGGCCGACCACUCUGGAACCGGAAAGGUCUCCAUAGCGUGGUGCUGGGUAGUGGAGACUCUGCACUGAAAAAACUUUCUGCUCCAGAUGCGUUUUUGUGGUAUUACCUGGACACAUGUGUGUACACCUCCUCUGAACUUCCUGACAUAGAGUACAUACGCUCUCUGUAUUUCAAUAAGAUAGAAUUUAUGAGGUUUAACAGCACUGUGGGGAAGUAUGUUGGAUAUGAUAAGUUUGGUAUCUAUAACGCAGAGCGCUGGAACAACGAUCCUGCAGAGAUGGCACGAAGGAGAGCUGAGAAAGAGAGAUACUGCAAACAUAAUAUAAAGAUACAGUAUCGAAAAACACUGGAUAAGACAGCUGAGCCCAGUGUGAGACUGACUUCAGUGACGCCCCCUAGUGGCCGACAUCCGGCCAUGCUGAUGUGCAGUGUCUACAACUUCUACCCCAAAUACAUCAGUGUCACCUGGCUGAGAGACGGACAGCCGGUGACCUCUGACGUCACUUCCACCGAUGAGCUGGCAAACGGUGAUUGGUACUACCAGAUCCACUCCCACCUGGAGUACACGCCCAGGUCUGGAGAGAAGAUCACCUGCAUGGUGGAACACGCCAGUUUCCCCUCUCCUAAGAAAGUGGACUGGAAUCCCUCCAUGCCACAAUCAGACAGAAACAAGAUCGCCACUGGAGCGUCAGGUCUCCUUCUGGGUUUGAUUUUGUCUUUGGCAGGUCUGAUCUACUACAAGAGGAAGGUCAGAGGUCAGUAA